GCCAGACAUACGGGUAGACAAUGAUUUCAUGCCAAUCAUUGAGGACAUUACCCAUGAAUUGUUCAUGGCCGCCGCUGACACCGACACCCAAUUGCAAGAGUCAGCUCCAGCUUCAGCUCCAGAUCCAGUUCCAGACCCAGCUCCAGCUCAAGCUCCAGAUGAGGCUUGUGCAGAACCCAUACCCGCGGCAGGAGAUGUACCCGAUGUGUAUUGUCCGUUGUUCGAUUAUGUUCCUGAUGGAUGUCAUCUUCAUAACGAGGGAAUUAAUGACGAUGAUGAUGCUGAUGAGGUUGACCAUUUUUUCUCUUUGGCCAACAUGUGUCGUGAUGAACAAAUGUUUACUUCAUACUACGAGUCGUUAUGUCAGCAACAACAAGGAAGUGCAGAGCCACACACCGAAGCACACGGCUCUGCCCAGCAGUCUGGUGAAGGCAGCGGAGGGUCUAGGAAAAAGCGAAAGUUCUCCCCUGUUGUUGAGAAAGGGAACUUGUCAUAUACAAACCCCCUAUACGAGCCAGAUGCAGUAGAUGAGCUACAAGAUAUCCAAGAUCUAGAGGACUUGGAAGGCUUGCGUAAAAAAGGUAUCAAGUACACCCCCUUCAAGCUGACAAAUGAGGUUCCAAAUUGGAAGCCCGAUGAUUUCUUUAAGGAUAGAGAUUAUUUCUAUCAGGUCAUUCGCCAGUACGCGAUAAUGACCAGACGACCUGUACACGUAGCGAAGAAUGAUGGCAAAAGGCUUCGUGCCAUUUGUAAGGGAAAGUCAUGUGAGUGGUAUGUUUAUGCAAGGAAGAUCGAAGCCCACAACAAUACUGAUUUUGUGGUAGUGAAUAUGCAGAGAGACCAUGCUCACACAUGCUCUCAAGUGUUGGAUCAGCGAUGACUGACGUCCAAGUGGCUAGCCGAGCGAUACAUGGAGAAAAUCAAGGCAAAUCCCCACAUCCCGUUGGCGGCUAUACGGCAGUGUGUUGAUGAGGAAUUCGGACUCAAAGUUGGCAGGAUGAAGGCGUACCGCGCAAGAGAUAGUGCACUGGAAGACAUUUUUGGCAAGGCAGGACUACAGUAUCGGAGACUAUUUGACUACAAAGCAGAAUUGGAACGGACACACGCUGACUCUAGUGUGCAUAUACACUACGAGAACUUCAGGGAUCCUGAAGUUGUGGGCCCGCGAUUCUUGAGAUUUUAUUGUUGUCUUGGACCGCUGAAAAAAGGUUGGAUGCGUUUUUGUCGUCCAAUUAUAUUCUUGGAUGCCUGUUUCUUGCGAGUCAUGUACAGAGGGCAACUUAUGACGGCUAUGGGAAUUGAUCCAAAUAACGGUUGGUGGCCUAUUGCGUGGGCUGUGACGGAGGCUGAGAGCUACGAACAAUGGAAAUGGUUCCUCACCUAUCUGGCAGAUGACCUCCAAAUACACGAGAAUGCCCCAAGAUUUGUAUUCAUGUCUGACCAGCAGAAGGGUCUUGCAAAAGCAAUCCUCGAGGAUUUCCCACAGAGUGAGCAUCGCUUCUGUGUACAGCACAUGUACAACAACUUCAAGAAGAGAUUCAUUGGGGAGAAUUUUAAGGAGAUGCUGUGGGAGCUUGCGUCGAGUACAACCCCCGAAGAGUAUGUGGAGCGAAUGGAUGCACUGCGGAUUAUAUAUCCCCAGGCACAUCAAUACCUACUCGGUGUUGCUCCUAAAGAAAAAUGGGUGAAGGCUUUUUUCUCGCCGCAUGUUUGUUGUGAUAUAAUCCUGAACAAUAUAUGUGAAACCUUUAAUUCGAAGAUAGCAAUUGCUCGGGAGCUGGCCAUUGUGACCAUGCUGGAGGAGAUCCGGACAAGUCAGAUGGAGAGGAUACAGAUUAGAGGCCAAUGGAUCAACACAUACGAUCACCCACUGCCGCCCGUUAUCAAAGAGAUAGUGGAUAAGUAUUUGACGAGGGCUUCUUCUUGGAGAUCAACUUGGAACGGAGAGGCUUCGUACCAAGUGUCGGGACCGUCAGGUCAGUAUGUAGUCAACAUGCGUGACUUUACUUGCUCUUGCAGAUUAUGGCAGCUGACUGGGAUCCCAUGCACUCACGCCAUCGCAACAAUCAACAAGAAUGGGAAGGAUGUAGCAGACUAUAUAUCCCGCUACUAUUUACGGUCCACUAUGACGCUUCUGUACGAGAAUGUCCUCUACCCAAUCAAUGGGAUGGGUAAUUGGCCGAAGUCUUCAGAUGUUGGAUUUGAACUGGCACCCCCGAGGACAAAGCGACAACGUGGACGGCCAAAGAAACUGAGGCGUGAAGAACCCCAGGUUCGUCAACAUGCGAAUGGAUCAGAGUCUCUGAGACAAAUCUAUGUAGUCAGGUGUCGUCGGUGCGGACAAGAUGGGCAUAACCGAAGAACAUGCACUAAUGAUCCCCGCGUAGAUGCCCGAACCGAGGUUGGCCAGAGUUCACAGCCCAGUGAGACCAAUACGCCAACCACGACGGACGGCGGUGACAGGCCUGCGGCGUCCAACCUGGAGACCAAUACGACUGUUCCAAGGCCUAGCACACGCCGGACCAGGACACAACCGCAGCGCUGUGGCCGUCGAGGGGAUCGGGAUUGAAUACGCGAUCUUGUCUAGUUUGGGAACCUUAAAAUGGGAG